CUCCUCUCUCCUUCCUUCCUCUCCAUCCUCUUCUGGGUUUCCAUUGAUCACCCAGUAGCUGGUAUUUGCUGAGCUACUUGCUUUUUCUAACUUGAUAUCUUUGUGUCCGUACCGUACCUUCCAGACCGCAAGGUACCCAUCCUCUACCUACCCAUCCCAUCGUCAUUUCGAUUUCAUACCAACUCCGUUGGGUUUCAGCACAAUGAGAGUUCUUCCAGCUGCUAUGCUGGUUGGAGCGGCCACUGCGGCCGUCCCUCCUUUCCAGCAAGUCCUUGGAGGUAACGGUGCCAAGCACGGUGCCGACCAUGCGGCCGAGGUCCCUGCGGAUCACAGUGCCGACGGGUUCUCCAAGCCGCUGCACGCAUUCCAGGAGGAGCUGAAGUCUCUCUCUGACGAGGCUCGUAAGCUCUGGGAUGAGGUGGCCAGCUUCUUCCCGGAGAGCAUGGAUCAGAACCCUCUCUUCUCCCUCCCCAAGAAGCACAACCGCCGCCCCGACUCUCACUGGGACCACAUCGUCCGCGGCUCCGACGUCCAGAGCGUCUGGGUCACUGGUGAGAAUGGUGAGAAGGAGCGUGAGGUCGAUGGCAAGCUGGAAGCCUAUGAUCUCAGGGUCAAGAAGACCGAUCCUAGCUCUCUUGGCAUCGACCCCGGUGUAAAGCAAUACACCGGUUAUCUCGAUGACAACGAGAACGACAAGCACCUGUUCUACUGGUUCUUUGAGUCUCGCAAUGACCCCGAGAACGACCCUGUUGUUCUGUGGCUGAACGGUGGCCCUGGAUGCUCUUCCCUCACCGGUCUUUUCAUGGAGCUCGGCCCUAGCAGCAUCAACAAGAAGAUCCAGCCGGUCUACAAUGACUACGCUUGGAACUCCAACGCGUCCGUGAUCUUCCUUGACCAGCCUGUCAACGUUGGUUACUCCUACAGUAACUCUGCUGUCAGCGACACGGUCGCUGCUGGCAAGGACGUCUAUGCCUUGCUUACCCUCUUCUUCAAACAAUUCCCCGAGUAUGCCAAGCAGGACUUCCACAUUGCCGGUGAAUCCUAUGCUGGUCACUAUAUCCCCGUCUUCGCUUCGGAGAUUCUGUCUCACAAGAAGCGCAACAUCAACCUGCAGUCCGUUCUCAUUGGCAACGGUCUCACCGACGGACUCACCCAGUACGAGUACUACCGUCCCAUGGCUUGUGGUGACGGUGGUUACCCAGCUGUCUUGGACGAGGGCUCCUGCCAGGCCAUGGACAACGCCCUUCCUCGCUGCCAGUCUAUGAUUGAGUCUUGCUACAGUUCCGAGAGCGCUUGGGUUUGUGUCCCGGCCUCCAUCUACUGUAACAACGCCCUCCUUGCCCCUUACCAGCGCACCGGACAGAACGUCUACGAUGUUCGUGGUAAGUGCGAGGAUAGCUCCAACCUUUGCUACUCGGCCAUGGGCUACGUCAGCGACUACCUGAACAAGCCCGAGGUCAUUGAGGCUGUUGGCGCCGAGGUCAACGGCUACGACUCGUGCAACUUUGACAUCAACCGCAACUUCCUCUUCCACGGUGACUGGAUGAAGCCCUACCACCGUCUGGUUCCGGGACUCUUGGAGCAGAUCCCUGUCCUGAUCUACGCUGGUGACGCCGAUUUCAUCUGCAACUGGCUGGGCAACAAGGCCUGGACUGAAGCCCUUGAGUGGCCCGGACAGGCUGAAUAUGCCUCCGCUAAGCUGGAGGACUUGGUCGUGGUCGAGAAUGAGCACAAGGGCAAGAAGAUCGGCCAGGUCAAGUCCCAUGGCAACUUCACCUUCAUGCGUCUUUAUGGUGGUGGCCACAUGGUCCCGAUGGAUCAACCCGAGUCGAGUCUCGAGUUCUUCAACCGCUGGUUGGGAGGUGAAUGGUUCUAAAGACGUGCUAUCACCGCAUAUAGACUUAUUGGUCAUUUCGGUGACACUGCAGAUAUGUUUCUUAACGAUAGUUUGAGGAUGCUUGUCAAUGCCCACUAAUCCCGAGCCUUAUGUUGCAUGGUAUCUAUGAGUUUGUCACUAUAGUGCAUUAUGCAUUUGUACUUCGUACGAGAAUGAAUCGAUCGCAUUUACACGCAUUUAAUU